AAACAAAUAAGGCUGAAUGAACAAGAUCAGUCUACUCUUCCAGGUCGGAGAAAUACUGAAUUGAUAUCCCACCGAGGGGUGCGCAUUCCAGGGAGAUUGAUCUUGACGGAUGAUCAUUCUAAACCAGUGACUUUGGGGUCCGUGACUUGCACCUUUCUAGCCUUUCGCUGCCCUUCGUCUCUUUGUUACUUCUUCAACCACCAUUGUUUUCCUACGUUACUACGGACUUCACAUCGAAACGCCCAUGCGUCCCUCCGGGAACCAAUUAAUUGCCUUAUCCUGUGAUUUUUCUCUGUCCGGACGAUCUCUUUUGCUCGUGUUCCUCCCGUGUUUCCCCCCAUCCCCACUCCCAAACUAACAGUAAACUCGGGAGAGGCUUUUCUGACUGCCUAAGCAAAGAGUUGGCACAGCCUCUCUGUCCAAAUACACCCACUCGUUUCUUACGCUCUCGCUUUUGACUUUUGUGCCUUUUCUUCCACUCGUUCUCCUCUUCUUCCUUUUUUGUCUUAUAUCUGCUCUGCAUCACCCUCCCCCUCUCCCCCCUCCCUUGUCUCUUUAAUACUCCGUUGACCCCAUCGUGGUCACUUAUUUGGACCUGAUGAGCUCACGGUUUAAAUCGUUCACUUUUGGAACGAAGCGGAACAAGCAUAGUGCCCAGCCUGCGCCAGUUCAACAACAACAACAACCACCACCACCCAACGCAUCAAGCAAUACACUCGUCGCCCCGCCCUCGAGCGCCACCUCUCCUAGUUCCCCACCUUCUCACCAUAGUUCGUCCACGACGAGUCUCCCGAUGAACAAUCAAAACCCUCUGGGGCGACCCCCCAGCUAUACAUACCAGCGGCCGACCAGCCCGAUGCCCCCAGGCCAGCAGUUGAGUCAUCACCCCGCACCGUUGAACACCAAUUUGCACUAUACGCAACAGCCGGUCCAGCCUUUGGGUGCUCCUCCCGGGUAUGGUUUGCAACAGCCAGUCGCCGCCCAUGGAAUGGGCCAGGGAAUGCCCCAGCCCCAAUAUGGGGUACGGAAUCCCGCGGUUGAGGUUGAAGGUGCCGGUCGGAGUAAGGCUCAGCUGAUUGUCGGCAUUGACUUUGGCACCACAUUCUCCGGUGUCGCGUUUGCCUUUGCGACCAACAAUGAAGCAAGAGAGGACAUCAUCACGGAAUGGCCCGGAGCAGGAACCCAUACUAAACAGAAGAUCCCCACUGUCCUAUACUACGAUCAGUACCAGAAAGUGGUGGGUUGGGGCCCUGAUAUUGCAGAUGCGCUGGCCCCCACGGGCUAUCCGAAGCAGGGAGUGCAGAAGGUCGAAUGGUUUAAGCUCCAGCUUAUGCUGUCCGGGAACACCUACAUCGAUCCGAUUAAUCUGCCGCCCCUCCCGCCCGGUAAGUCGGAAAUCGACGUGGCCGCCGACUACCUCUUCAAGCUACGACAGGCGAUGCGCGCUCAGCUACAGAAGACCCUCGGUGAGGUGUUUACUCGGGAAGAGCGCAACAUCCGGUAUUACCUCACCGUACCAGCUAUCUGGAAUGAUGCGGGCAAGGCAGCGACACGAGCGGCGGCUUUACAAGCUGGGUUCUUGCGGGACGAGAACGAUAAUCGCCUAACGCUGAUAUCCGAGCCGGAGGCUGCCGCUCUGUUCUGUGCAAAGACCGGGUUGCUCAAUUUGAAGGUUGGUGAUGCGAUCUUGAUCGUGGAUUGUGGUGGUGGAACUGUGGAUUUGAUCGCCUACGAGGUUGAGGAGGAACAACCGUUCAGUGUUGCCGAAUGCACAGCUGGAUCGGGUGACUCGUGCGGCUCAACGGCUCUCAAUCGGAACUUCAGCAACAUCCUUCGUGCGAAAAUACGUAAGAUGAAGCUCCCUGACGGUUCCCGCACGGCAGGUAAGGUGUAUGCAAAGUGUAUUAUGGACUUCGAGAAUCGAAUCAAGGCCGAUUUCCGAAACAACGGACAGAAGUGGGCCGUAGAUGUCGGCAUUGAGGCCGACUUCCCAGAUGCCGGCAUCGAGGAGGGCUACAUGACGUUUACCAACGAAGAGAUCCUUCAAUGUUUUGAGCCCGUCGUCAACCGUAUUCUCGAAUUGGUCAGGAAUCAGAUUAUCGCCAUCCAAGCGCAGAACCGGUCUCUACAGAACGUUCUUGUGGUGGGUGGAUUCGGCGCAUCGGAGUAUCUCUUCCAACAGAUCAAACUCCAUGUACCGCCUCAAUAUCAAUCAAAGGUGGUCCGUCCAAUGGAUUCGGUCGCUGCGAUCGUUAAGGGCGCUGUCACUGCUGGGAUCACGGAACGUGUGAUUACACACCGUGUGGCCCGUCGACACUACCUCAUGGCCACAUUGCAGCCGUUCAAAGAAGGAUAUCACCCGGAACAAUAUCGUGUCCCCAGCCUUGACGGCAGAGAUCGCUGCAAGUACACGCGACAGAUCUUUGUGCAGAAGGGUGAGAGAGUGAAGAUCGGGGAGCCGGUCAAGGUUAGCUUUUUCCGACAGGUUGCGCCGGGAGCAACCCUGAUGUAUGAGGAUAUUCUGUACGCCUGUGACGAGGAUGUCUGCCCUGAAUACACGAAAGACCCCCGGAUCAAGGAGGUCGUAACACUUACAUCGGAUCUAUCGCGCAAGAACCUGGAAACCGAUUUUGAGCGCAUGGAUACCCCUCAGGGAGUCUUCUACCGUGUAUACUUUGACAUCUACCUCACGCUGGACGGCAGUGAAUUCAGCGCCGAGCUCGUCUGCCAAGGCGAGGUUAUGGGCCGAUGCCGAGCCAAAUUCCGGUAAAUCGGGCACAUUCACUCUGUUAUCGGUAUUAUAAAAAAAAACUCAAGGCCAACCGACGGACUCGGUUGACCGGCAACUGCACAGGGCGGGCGUUUAUACCAUCUUUCUCAUCUAUUCCCCUUCGAAGCCACUGGGCAAUGUUGCCCAGAGGUCCAUCAUGGAGUUUACCUCUUAUCCUUACCUUAUGUUCCUUCAUGUUUGAUGUUUCCUGGAUACCUUUAUAUGAGCCCACCUUGAUGAUUGGUUGAUUUAUUAAUUCAGUUAAUGAGAAAAGAAAAAUACUCACGACGAAUGCCCGUCCUUUACCAUACACCUUACCUCAUCAUCUCAUCACCCAUCCGGGAGCAUAGCACUAGUCAAUCAGUACAAUCUAAUCAAUACAUAGCAAAGCACACCUUCCCUCGCCACCCAUCAAGUCAAAGACAAGCGAUACGUAACCAAGAGAAUCACAACCCAUCACCUGGACAUACCUUUCAAGCAAACAUAAAGAACAAAAUCAUCAGCCAGCCCAAUAACUAACCCCACGUUUCCCUUCUGGAUGUUUCCCCUGUAAGAACGUGGCAAA